AAAAUGGUAACAAAAAAAAUCUGUACAUUUUGUUAGCAGUGGACUGUUACACAUUUUUGAGACACAUGUUGUUUUUAUUCGUUUCCAAAGAGAAGUUAGGAGGUGUAAAUGUAAUUGUAAAACACCCUUCGCUGGCUGUGAGCACAGUAUGAACCGCUAUGUGGGUGCAAUUCAUGAAGCCAGUCAGUUGGCGUGUCUAUUUAUAGGAAUAGACUGGAAUAGAACUCGCAAGAGUUACAACAGGGCAACACACGAUCUGGGCAUGGACAUGGUAGACCGGUUACCUGGCCACUCUACACAAAAUAAUCAGACAGACACAACAAACACAGGAGUCUACGCUAAACCCUGGCCUAGAUGAGCAAAAUGCCUACGAGCCAAACUAGAUCUAGGACGAGAGACCGGAACAACGUGCUAAACAGAGCGGAGUUCAUGUCUCUCCAGCAGCCAUUGAGGAGCAGCAGUAAUACCGAAGCUCGUGCACGGAGGCCGUCGCACAAACAGCCGCAGUAUGCACACGCGAGCGGCGGGGACAACGCGCAGCAGGAACCGGGAGACAGCAGCAAGGACAGAAAAGAGGAGGACUGCAUGCAGCUCAACCCGUCAUUCAAGGGUAUCGCGAUGAACUCUCUGCUGGCCAUAGAUAUCUGCAUGUCAAAGCGACUCAGCGUGUGCGCGCACACGACCUCGUCAUGGGGCAGCGCGCGCGCCAUGGUCAAACUGCUCGCGCUUACCGGCCACGGCAUCCCGUGGAUCAUCGGCACGCUGGUGUGUCUUACCAGGAGCAACACAAUAGCUGGCCAGGAGGUUUUAGUCAAUUUACUGCUUGCUCUCUUGUUGGAUGUGAUGACUGUGGCAGGAAUGCAGAAGUUGGUGAAACGCAAAGGACCCUGGGAGAUGUCACCCAGUUUCCUUGAUUACCUGGCCAUGGACACCUACUCCUUCCCAGCAGCCCACGCGAGCCGGGCUGUCAUGGUGUCCAAGUUCUUGUUAGCACAUUUGAUUCUUGCAGUUCCUUUGCGCAUUUUGCUUGUUCUGUGGGCCGUGCUGGUGGGUAUGUCGCGCGUAAUGCUGGGUCGUCAUCACCUCACAGAUGUAGGAUGUGGCUUUGCUUUAGGAUUUCUCCAUUACAGUCUAGUGGAGAUGGUAUGGUUGUCUCCCAGCAUGUGUCAGACUUUAAUCUCUAUUGGAACACUUAACUGGAGCCCCCUGUAUUGAUCAGAGUGCAAUUACCUGCAGCCUUUUAAUCAGUCUAAAAUCUGUUGGCCCUGUGCCCAUACUGCAGAGUUAUAGUGAUAAUGCAUUUGUGCAUAUUUGGAGAGAAUUUAAAGUAAUUUUGAAACUUGAAUUAAACAUUUUAUUUUCUGCAAAUUUAUUUAGACCUGAUUUAUGGGAGGCAGUAGGGAAGCAAACAGCUGGGAAAUUUGAUAAAAACAUAGCAAGGUCCAUGCAAUGAAUUCUAUUGUUUUGCAUGGUUAUAAGGCAAAAACAUCUAUGUGCAAAAGAUGUGAUGAUUUGCUUUGCUUUUUUUGUGUUGUUGCGGUUCUGAGUGAGAGAAUGUUUGCUCAGGGAUUUUUUGCAACAGUCAUAUAAAACAUAUACAGUCCUAUAAAAUCUGUUUCAUUUGAAAAUGAAAAUCAUUUUAAAACACAUUUUCUUCAAAUAUUGAAAGUAAGGAAAGGAAUAGAGGGGGGGAAAGCUUGUUGUCAGGAAAAAAGGUCUACAGUGUUAUGUAUAUACACAUGUAUGUACAUUCGGGUUGAUGAAGGAUAAAUGGCUAAUUACUGGAGCUGUUUAACAUACCUGCAGAACUUAUGAUUAUUAUGAGCAUUUGACAGAAAUGUUAUGUUAUAGUGAGAGAGAGAGAGAGAGAGAGAGAGUACCUUUAUAUUGUUUACUUAUUGAUAUAAAGUAUGCAAGAAUGUUUGAUAGAAAAUUGAAACCCAGAAAAGUAUUUUAAGGUAAAAAAAAAAAAAAAAGAGCAUUGUUCCAGUAAAUAAUUAUAAUCCAGUGUCUUUUUGAAUAAAGUUUGGGAUGCAACCAUCUGUUAUCUGUUAUUAUU